AUGGCCGGGAAAAUAAGUUGCCCUGAGAAGCAAAGCAAUGGGAAGAGCCUCCUGUUUGCAGAACCAGUUAGUGGAGUCUCCAUCACCAGUACUCCCAGUGAGAUCCUGGAAGGCGACAUCACGACCCUGACUUGCAGUGCCGCAAAGGGCAGCGAGGUCUCCUUCUUCUGGUUCAAAGGGGACCAGAUCUUGGAAAGCGACGAUCGCGUCUCUUUGAGCAACGAUAGCCGUGUCUUAACGUUCAACACGACGAUCAAGCAAGACUUGGGCGUCUACACCUGCUUGGUCAAGAACAGCGCUUCUAGUAGCAAUGACAGCCACACACUCAAUGUUUUCUAUGGGCCUGAUGAUGUUAACCUCAAUGGGGGUUUGGUAGGGAUCACAAUGGGACUCGGUUCCAGUGCAAACCUUUUUUGCAUCGCCGACUCCAACCCUCCAGCACAGUUUCGGUGGUUUUUCAAUUAUAGCGAUACGAACGUGACCAGAAGUUUCUACAGCAUGCAUGCAACGACCUGGGACGAUGCAGGAUAUUACAUGUGCAUGGCUUACAACAACAGAACCAAAAGGACGGGUACUGCCACCGUCACUAUCAAGUUGCGGAAUGAUCCUCCUUAUUCUCCCAGUGAACCUGAAGGACCUGAAAGAUCGGGGCUUGGACCUGGAGCCAUUGCUGGGAUCGUGGUUGGGAGCCUGGCACUGGGAUUGGCCCUGGUUGGAGGCCUGCUUUAUUUCUUUCUCCGGAUCCGCCCUCAGAGAAAGAAACCCACCUCAGACCCCAUCCAAUCUGGACCUCCAGCCUAUGACAAUGUCUCUCGUCCAGGACAGAGGACAAUCGGGAGUGCAGAUGCACCCAGGAGGAACGCAAAGGGGAAGUUUCGUUUGGAGGAAGUCCAAGGGAAACAGAGUUCUGAGGAAGAAGCGUCUCCGGCCAAAAAAGCUUUUCUCGUGAGUUCCUCUUGCUGGUGCGGAGUUCGAGAGAAGGCGCAAAGGAGGCCGUUGAGAGACCCAGCAGAGAAAAUGGGCUUGGAGGUGGCGAAGAAAAUCUCUUGUUCUGCAAAGGAAAGUAUCUGGAAGGACUUCCUGAUUGCAGUGCCAGUCCUGAGUUUCUGCUUCUUCUUGGCUGGUGCUCGCGUCUCGUUGACCGAUAUUACGGUGGAGCCAGAAAACCCAACGCGUGGAGGAAGCGUCCUCCUCACCCCCACACGCAUCCCAGAAAACAAGAAUUCCUGCCUUUGGUACCGGGGAGAAGAAUCCCCUCAAAACCUCAUCCUUGAGUAUUCCUUCUAUCCAUCCUUUAAAAUUCAUCGGGGAGAUGGCUAUACCAGGCGAGAGAACAUAGACCCCAGCUGCUCCCUUCAAAUUGUGGAGUUGGAAAGAACUGACUCUGGAACUUAUAGCGUCAAAAUAGUCAGUGCUCAUCGGACGGUCAAAAGAGAAGUGGACCUCGUGGUCUCAGCAUUGUCACCUGGAGUCACCGCUGUGAUCGUGAUCGUGAUGUUGGCCUUGGGAUCGGGCCUAAUUGGAGGCCUGCUUUAUUUCUUUCUCCGGAUUCACCGUCAGAGAAGGAAACUCACCUUGGACCGCGCCCAGUCUGCAACGGCAACCUAUGAAAAUCUCCCCCGUCCAGGACUGAAGGCAGCUGAGGAGAAUCCAGAAGUUUCUUCUGAUCCUACCAGCAAUGUCUAUGAGGCCUUGCAGAACCAAAGCCCCUGUGUCUAUGAAGAGAUCAAGCUACCCUAAUGGAUGGAGCAACCAUCAUCUCCUUUGCUACUUUGACUUGGACUAUGGAGUCAAUUUUCCCAUUUCAUUAUCUGACUGCAAGCUGGAUUCAAUGUCUUCCAUUGAAAGCACCCAAGCA